GUAUGGGGGACCGUACGGCAGCGUCCUGGCUGCAAAGUACUUCGCAAAGAUGCAUAGUAAAACCAAAGGAUCAAGGAAGCCCGACGUGCUUACUCAGAGUGGCGUUGUUUGCACAGGAGUUCGUUAGCUUCUUCAGUGCUGAAAUGAGGUGGUUGGCAGAUAUAAUUUUAUCGUCGAUCCUCUCUAUUACUAGGCUACCUUUUGCUGGUAUUAUCAGGCUCAAAUCGAGGGCACCGCUACGUCGUUGCUGACUCUCCUAUCAUCAGCUUUCCAGCAGCAGAAAGUAGAGAGAAACUCCUGCAUUAAUUCCGGCGUUCAAGCUAACAGAACUUGAGCCAUGGCUGCCAAGUGCACCGCAGAUGAAGUCGAAGAGCACUUACAAUGUGCGAUCUGUUUGGACACGCUGAGUGAUCCGCGCAUGUUAUCGUGCCAGCAUACAUUCUGCUUUGCUUGCUUGGAGAAGCUUCCAAAGGCAAGGGGAUUUGGUCAGGAUGCUGGGUUUGAGCUGUCCUGCCCAAGUUGCCGUGAGUCUCACGCCUUUCAGGACGUGACGGCGCUGGCCAAAAAUCGUCUCGUCGUUCAACUGCUGGAAACAUUGCAGUCACAGUCAGUGCAGAGCAUCCCUGUUCAUAUGUGUGAGGAGUGUGACAAGGACAAGCGAGCUGAUGGCUUCUGCCAGGAAUGCCAGAUGUACCUGUGUACCUUUUGCAUCAGCUACCAUCAGACAUCGAAACGAUUCAAGAAUCACGCUAUUCUGGCGUUGGCUGCCCUGGCAAGUAUGCAGAACAAGACUGACUGGUCCUCCCUGCAAAAACGUGAGCCCGUGUGUGAGCGACAUCACGGGGAAAAGAUGGAGGUGUUCUGCAAGCAGUGCCGGAGAGCAGCGUGCAUCAAGUGCACCAUCAUAGAACACAGGCAGUGUGAAUGCAUCAGCCUGGAAGAGGCAUGUACCGAGGCGAUAGAAGGCAUUGAGAAACAUAUCCAAGCUUUGUCCAAGGCGGCCAUCCGCCCCUUGAAGGGUGCCAUUGACAAAUAUCUGGCUGAGGAAGAGGAUUCCACCAUUGAUGCGCAGUGCACCGAGACAAAGCUGAAGGAGGACUUCGAACAGCUGCGGCUCUUCUUGAAUCGCUACGAGGACGAUCUGCUCAGGCAAAUUGCCGGAAAGCGCCAACAUGACAAGGAAGCACUGCAGAAGAAAGUGGCUCGACUUCGAGCUGAUCUUCACCGGGCUCAGCAGGUUGAAAGCGGUGCCAUGGAUCUGAUAAAGAACUUCAAUCGCACAACUAUCCUUGACCGUACUGCGGCCACCAUCCAAGACCUUAAGGAAACGUCUGUUCGCACGGAGGCCUCUGUGGCUCUACGUGAUUGGACUGCAUACCAUCUCCUUUAUCGAACGAGCUCUGUUCCAAAGGAUUUACCCUGCUGUCAGGUGUAUUCAAGGCCAGAUCUGCAGGAUGAAAAAGUCACCAGAAAGAGAGAUGCUCGAGCUGAACCAAUCAAGCAGCAGACUCUCCUGCUACCCAUGCUGACAGAGAGGAGAUUUUGUCCCAGACCAUACAGAUUCCUGAACUCCCGAGGAAUGACUGGUCCUUGAUCUAUCCGCCAUGAAAUCAUUCGCAUAAGCUCUCCUCUUUCUCAGUUCCAACCCAUUUUCAUCUGUGGCUAGUUCGGUUUUCGUUUAGUUCAACUCAGUAUUGUGGAGUUGCGUUGGUGUUUGAAACAGUUUGAUUUGAUCAAUAAGCAAUUAUCACUACAUGCAAUUAGACAGGGCCCAAGGUAGUAUGUAAGUGAUAACUUUACGACUUGGUGAUGAUUAAGUGAUACACAAACAGACAUGCACUAGACAUCUACAUGUAACUCAGAUGGUUAGAGCAUUGUUCAUGACAAGCAGAGUUCCGGGUCCUCGCCCUCCUCGGUGCACAUCUAUAAUCUGGCAUUUUUUUCUUUUUCAGGCAGUUCGCUUCCCUGACUGAUCCUUUCAAGUUUGGAUUACAUUUUUGUCCAAUGAUCAGUAUUCUUUUCACCGUGCUGUAAUCACAUUUUCUUGAUUGUCCAUCACAGCCUUAGCUUGUAUGAUUCGUUUAUUCUUUGAAGUACAAUAAAGCCAAUAUACGCUGGCGUCGAUUCAGCUGGUCCUCUUCAUCACAAUUAUCAAACCUACAUGUACAUGUAUAUACAGUCAAACUUCGUUAGGACGAACACUGAUAAGGCACCCUUUCCUUCAGUACGAGCUAGGGAAAAUCCUAUGGAUGGCCGGGCAUCAUAUCAAGUCAAAAUUAUUCGCUUACGAUGAA